AUGAAUCGACCAAAUCAAAUCAGUACCAAACACUCUGUUUCAAAAUUCCAAGAAAGCCUAUGGUUCGAAUAUUGUAGUGAUCCAAACUCUUAUAAUUACAAUGUAAUUUCUAUUACUGAGGUGGACAAAACUAAAUCUAUUCAAGAAAUCGUUUUUGUCGCUAAUAACUUGAUUUCAAGGCAUGCGCUUUUACGAAGUACCUUUCAUGAUAGGGAUGACGACGGGAAGCCCACAAAAUGCUACCGAAGAGAGUAUCCAGUGGAUCACGUGAAUAAUGUUGUUCAUUUGAUGAUGACUCCCGUUGAAGAUAGAGAUAAUUUAGUUAAAAAACCCUUUGAACUUGAAAAAUUAUACCCUAUUCGAUUUUAUCUUUUUGUAGAUCCAAUUAAAUCAGAUUAUAAAAUCUAUAUUGUUUGCCAUCAUAUUGUUAUUGAUGGUUUAGGCAAUUACAAUUUAUUGCUUGAUUUUUAUAAUUUGUUAUCUGGUAAAUCCUUGCCAAUGCUUAAUGGGCCAACAUUCGACGAUUUUAUUACCCAACAUGAGGAAUGGCUUUAUUCAAAUGAUUAUAAACUCAAACAGAAAUUUUGGCGUGAUCAAAUUGAUUCAACCAAAAAUAUUGUAUGGCCAAUACAAUUUUCAUCUGUUCAGCAAACUUUAGAAGAUAAACAAAGUACACUUCAAUAUCAAGUUUUUCAUAAUAACGUUGAAGAAUUGAGAGCCUUAGGUCAUAAAUUUAAAGUUACCUGGUUUGUGGCAAUGUUUUCAGCCGUAUGGAUCACUUUAUCAUCAUUUGUCGAUUUAAAAAAUGCCAAUAUCUGGCUUCCAUUCUCUGCACGUUCUAUGCCGGUGAAUCAUGAUAAAAAUGCAUUAUCUCAACUUGUCGGUCACUUCGCUAAUAACAUGCCAGUUCAUCUAAAUAUUGAUAAAUUUAAUUCAAUUGGUUUGCAUUCAACCAUUCAACAAAUAGCAAAAUUAAUAUCUACCGCAAAACAAAAUGAAAUGUACCCGUUUAUUGAUUUAGCAAGAUAUGCACAACAAACAUUAAAACGUAAACUUGUUCAACAAAUUAUUAUUACAAAAACACCAAAAAUGCCUAUGAAUUCUCAUUUCAAAACUUUUCGAUCUGAUGUAGAACUUUGGUUUGAUUUUAGUGAACAAUCAGAUAAUACGAUAAUCUUUAACAUUAAUUAUAACUCAACUGUUUUUAAUACUAAUAAUAUUAAAUUAAUGGGUGAACAAUUUUUAAAAGUAGUAAAUAUAAUGAAAAAUUAUGAUGACUUAGAAUUAAAAAUUCCAAAACUUUUAAAUGAUCAAGAUAAUUCAACAUCAAUCAAAUUAAUAUCUAAAUUCGAAAAUGAUUUAUCAGUACCACAAUCAUUUCCAACAAUCCAAGAACUUUUUCAACAGCAAGCAAAGAAAUUACCAAAUCAUUUAGCAUUAUAUAUGGGUGAACUUGGAUUAUCAAUGACAUAUAAGCAAUUAGAUAAGAAGAGUAAUAAAAUUGCUCGAUAUCUUUUUCAAAUUGGGGUUAAAGUAGAAACUCUAGUUGCACUUCAUUUAAAUCAAGACAUGUAUAUGAUUCCUUGGAUCUUAGGCAUUCUUAAAGCUGGCGGUGCUUAUAUUCCUAUUGAUAAAACAUAUCCUGCGGAAAGAAAGAAUUAUAUAAUUAAAGAUUCUGAAGUUUCAUAUUUUAUUACUGAUGAGGAAUGUAGUGAUUGGAUUGAAAACUUUUCUGGUAAAUUAAUUAAAUCAAAUACAAUGGAUAUCACCAACCAAUCAGAUGACAUAGUCGAAACAGUAUGUUGUGGAGAAAAUCUUUGCUAUGUUAUGUACACUUCGG